GGUCUUGAAAGAAUUCUAGAACAGAUUUGAAGUGAUCAUAUUGCAUAUCAUCAUCACUUUCUUUGAGAGAUCUUGUAAAUCUAUUUAAGGAAGUUUGAUCAUAAGAACAAUGGAAGAGCAAAGGGUUUAUAAUGGUGGUUGUAUACAGGAUGCUUUCAGGUCUGUUCUUAGGUGUUUAGGGUUAGAGAGUGGAGGAGGAAAUGAUCAUGUUGCCAGCGACGAUGAAGUGGUGGUGGCCGAUAACCCUCCACCGCCACAACAACCACCGCUUGAGCUGCCGACGACUUAUGAAUCAUUACCCACUGUAGGUGAAUCAUCUACUGUGGAUCCACUCGUUGAGGUUCUUUCUUCAUCUAUUGAUUCAAUUACAACAACAAUGGACGUCAAUAAGACUAAUGUUGGAGAUGAGAGUAAUUCCAGUACUUUAGUUAGUAUAGAUGAAAUUGUCAACAAUGGUGGAGGCACAACUACUGAAGCACGCUUUGUAGAGUUAAUUGAGGGUAAUGCCACCUUCAUUACCGCUAGUCUAAUUAGUAGUGGGGGUGGUGGCCAAACACAUUCAUUAGAUAUCUAAGGGUAUCGACAACGGUGGUGGUGGUGGUGGUGGCGGUGGCGGCAGUGACGAAGAUGGCGUCGGUGGCAGUGGUGGUGGUGGUUGAUGGUGGUGAUGCUAAUACUGAUAUGACCAUUGAAGCCAAGCAAAUGAAUACGUAAUUGGUGUAUGAUGAGUUAGGGGCUAUUGGACUUCUGAUGAGUCAUUUCCAUGUUUAAUAUGUAUGUUUAAGUUGUUCAAUGAUCGCAUUUAAUGUU